ACUGAACAACGGACUUCACCUUCGACUCUGACUAUGUCUGCCCUUCGUUCUUGCCAGCGGGCCUUCCCAGUCCGCGCGGCGGGCCGCGGCCUCGUAUCUGCCCGCUCUAUGGCCACGGACUCGCAGAGCGCAACCCCAGCCAAGGCUACCGACGAUAAGCAGAUUGAGCAAGCCCCCCAGCGAGACAUUGUAGCGGCCGAUAUUGUCAGUGGUGCUCCUACUGAGCUCCGCCACCGCGCCGUCCGGGUCUUCCAAUACACGCGUAGCACGACCCAGAGUGGAGACGCGAAGUCGAAACGCUGGCGGAUAGACUGGGAUAUCCUCCCCGGUGGUGGACGCUGGGAGAAUCCUCUCAUGGGAUGGGCUAGCUCCGCCGACUACAUGCAGGGUACCCGUAUUGGUUUCCGGACGAAGGAGGAUGCCAUCCACUUCGCGGAGAAGCAAGGAUGGGACUACUAUGUUCAGCAACCUGAGGUCAAGGUCAGGCCCCCCAAGAACUAUGCGGAGAACUACCUCUACAAGCCUCACAAGCUUCGUAUCGUCCGCACGAAGUAGCAUAGUAGCAUAUCAUGACGGCAAUCUAGAGCUGGUGCUGGAAACACUGCUAUCGCGUGCCCAUAUGCACCUCAUCCAGCGGAUACUUCAA